UCGAAGCGUUAAAACGUUGGAGGAAGAUCAAAUCAGAGCACGAGUUUCGGAAUAAAACUGUUAAACAGUUUUUUUUAUUUGAUUUUUCGGAAAUUCCAAAGACGGUUAUAAAUCAUUUUGUAAUCUUUGUAUAUGCUUCCUGUUAAUUAAAAUUGACGGUGUUUACGAAUUUUAGUGCUUACUUGGAAUUCCAAAAAAUUGACUGUUUUUAUCUUCUUCUUUUUUUGGAAAAAUGAUGUAUAAACAAAACUUAAAAUAUUGAAAAAGUGAAUACGAAUUAAAGAAGAUCAUUAUUAUUGGAUUAACAAAACUUACAACGCAAAGGAAAGAAAUGUGGAGAUAUUUGGCAAACAUGCGAAUACUUUUAAGUGUAUUUAUCCUGUUUCUGUCGGUCAUACAUCUGAAUCAUGCCCUAUCACUAGAUUCAGCUUCAUCAACUGAAUUAGAACAAUUUAUUAAAGAUGAUUUUGUGGUUUCAAUGCGGCAUAUUAGACCUCGAAGAAAGUUUCAAAUUGCUGUUGAGGCCCUGUUCAUGAUUGAUUUUCCAUCUUUGAAACACAAAUUCUCAUUCUUCUUGGACCGAAAACAGAUGAGGGUAACUUUAGAUGUUGCAUCAAACUCGAUUAUUCAUUCGAAGCAUUUCAAUGUCCCUAACAUAAAUGAAACAUCGAUAAUUCGAUCCCUGGCAUUUCAUUUCCACGAAAACACUGUUACGUUGUACGUUGAUUGCAAUGAGUCCGCAAAAGUGGAUAUCGAUAUUGGUUUAAGUAAACUGUAUUUACAAAUGGAUGAACCAAUUUUGAAAUUAUUCCGGGAACGUAAAUAUCCAUUGCAUUUUGACACAACCAUUCAGUCUGCAUUUAAUCGUGCCAACUGUCAGAAAGGCGCACACAAACACAACGGAAAGCGUUACAAUAGAAACAAGCAAGUCGAUCGAGGUAAGGCUGAAAACUUUUCCGUUACAUGUACUAUAAAUCGGCAUAAAUAUUGAUUUUCAGAGCGAAAUAAGAAACGUGACAUUCGAAACUGGUAUCAAUCGGCUAAUGAUCGAUAUAACGAUGCAAUUGAAGAGAAACCUCGUGAAUUGCGACGUGGUGAUAUCCCCAUUUUGCAUGGCGAUUGUGACGACAUUAUGUCAAAGGCAAUUCAAGACCUAUUAGCACUUGUGAAGCUAUUACGAGAAGAAGUUGCACAUCAAACCAACGAAAUAAAUCAUUUGCGUCGUUUGAUUGAAAACUGUGCUGGAUGCCGGGAAACAACACCAUUGAUAACUAAAGAGAAUUGCGACAAUUCGAAUCCGUGCUAUGAAGGCGUACAGUGCCAUGAUUCAUCAAAUGGAGUGCGAUGCGGUCGAUGUCCCUCAGGUUACGUUGGCGACGGAAAGUCAUGUAAGCCAGGAGUUACUUGUAAUGAUCGUCCUUGCUUCUCCGAUGUCGACUGCUUCGACACGGUAGAAGGUGCACAAUGUGGAGCAUGUCCGUCGGGUUAUUCGGGCGAUGGUACCCACUGUGUACUAUUAAAUGCAUGUCAGAGUGACCCAUGCCCAACAGGUUCCGAUUUCGUUGCUUCAGGACAAACUUUGCAGUCUUUGUAUCACAGCCAUCAAAAAUCCGAGUAUUCUUCAUCUCGCAAAAUGACCUCAUCCAGAGGAUUACUCCAUGUUUUCAACUGCACAUUGUCGAUUUAUUUAUUUUUUUUUCAAACAGAUGCUGAAUGCACGACCAUUUCCAUCCCACCAUUUUAUAGAUGCGCGUCAUGCCCAUUGGGUUUCAAAAUGAAUAGUAAUCGAACAUUUUGCGAAGAUAUUGAUGAGUGUAUUCACCACAAUCCCUGCGAUCCGUUAGCAAAAUGUGUCAAUGAAGCUCCUGGUUUUCGAUGUGAACCUUGCCCUGAUGGCUUCGAUGGAGUGCACGCCAAUGGAUACUAUGCACAGUCAAUUACGGAAGAUUACGAUAAUCAAAUUUGCACAGAUAUCGACGAGUGUAGACUUGGUCUCGCGAAUUGUGGAUAUAAUUCAUUUUGUGAGAACACUUUGGGAUCAUAUUCAUGCCAUUGUAAUGAAGGUUUUAUCAAAGCCAACAUCAGUUCUGGUUGUGAUGCUAUGCCAAAUAUUUGUCCCGAUGGAAUUAUAUGCGAUAAAAAUGCUUUUUGUAAGCAUAUUGGCGGUUUACGUUUCCAGUGUGUUUGUAAAAUUGGAUUUGGAGGGGAUGGUACAAUGUGCGCACCCGACAGUGAUUUAGAUGGAUGGCCAGACCACAGCUUAAAUUGCACCGGUGAUAAUAUGCGUUGUAAAGCAGACAAUUGCCUCUACAUCCCAAAUUCAGGUCAAGAAGAUGCAGAUCAUGAUGGAAUCGGGGAUUCAUGCGAUCCUGAUGCUGACAACGAUGGCAUUUUGAAUGAAGUUGAUAAUUGUAAUUUAUUAUUCAACCCGGAUCAACUCGAUUCGGAACAAGAGGGGGGAGAUAAACAUGGUGAUGCAUGUGACAAUUGUCCAACAGUUUUAAAUACCGAUCAAAGUGACAAAGAUCAAGACGGAAGAGGAGAUGCGUGCGAUGAGGACAUAGAUGGAGACGGAAUUUUGAACGCAGAUGACAAUUGCCCAUAUGUUUCGAACGAAUUGCAGACUGACCAGGAUGGUGAUGGAAUAGGAGAUAAAUGUGAUAACUGCAUUCUAUCACCCAAUUCGCAAUCGGAUAUAGAUGACGAUUUGGUAGGGGAUGCUUGCGAUAAUAACAUAGACCGAGAUAGAGAUGGUAUACAGUAUGGGGUUGACAAUUGCCCUAAAAUAGCAAACUCCGAUCAAUUAGAUACUGAUGGUGACGGCAGAGGAGAUGCUUGUGAUGAUGACGCUGACAACGAUGGCAUCCUAAAUGUCCAUGACAACUGUCCAAUUGCGUACAAUCCCGACCAGAUUGAUUUAAAUCAAAAUGGAAUCGGAGACGUUUGCGAAGACGAUUUCGAUUUGGACAGGGUUCCAAACAACCUUGAUAAUUGUCCGAACAAUUCAAAAAUUUUCUCUACGGACUUUCGCACAUACCAGACAGUUGCGCUUGAUCCUGUCGGUGACUCACAAAUUGAUCCCCGCUGGCAAAUUUACAACCAAGGUGCCGAAAUUGUGCAAACAGAAAAUUCUGAUCCAGGUCUAGCGGUCGGCUAUGAUGCAUUUGGUGGUGUUGAUUUUGAGGGAACAUUCUUCGUUGACACAGAGAUUGAUGACGAUUAUGUGGGAUUUGUAUUUAGCUAUCAGAGUAAUAGCAAAUUUUAUUCCGUAAUGUGGAAGAAAAACAUACAAACAUAUUGGCAGGCUACACCGUUCCGUGCAUCAGCCGAGCCGGGUAUUCAAUUGAAAUUAGUAAACAGUCACACGGGACCCGGUCAAAUGUUGAGGAAUAGUUUGUGGCAUACCGGCGAUACCAAAGAUCAAGUGAAAUUACUAUGGAAAGACCCGCGUAAUCUUGGAUGGAAAGAGAAAACUGCUUACAGAUGGUUGCUUUUACAUCGCCCGAAAAUUGGACUGAUACGAUUGAGAAUUUUUGAAGGUGAAAAUAUGGUCGCAGACUCAGGCAACAUCUUUGACUCAACACUCAAAGGAGGUCGGUUAGGUGUGUUUUGUUUCUCGCAAGAAAUGAUUAUCUGGUCUGAUCUCAUAUACCGAUGCAACGACCAUCUCCCGAAGACUAUUUACGAUGAGAUUCCACCGCAUAUUCGUUCCGAAGUAGAAAUCGAUACGAGAAUAUAGACACUAACCUAUUUAAUUUUCAAAAAAGACGAACUACAGCAACCGUUCAGAAAUGUGAGCUAAAAUAGUCAUCGAAAUAUUUCAAUUUCCGUAGUUCUUUUUUCGUUACGCAGCACUUUGAGUUCGUUUAUCCCAAUAUAUAUGCACAAAGAACUAUUCAUAGAAAAAAUAAACAGUAUUAACUUUUCAAAAGACACUUUGGUUUUCUGAACAUUUGCUGCAAUUCAACAUUUAGCAAAUAGCGUUUCUUUCCGGCAGAUAUGCGUUUGAGUUGUAGUUAAAGUAAAUAAAAGCCAUUCAUUUAA